AUGCCCACGCUUCUACCUGUAACUACUAAUUCUAGGAUUGUCAUUCCCUUAAAUGGUAAUGGGAAUGAAUUUCACAUGAAUGGGUCUAAUACCUAUCAAAGUAUAGCCACAGGUUACCCAUUAUACAGCGGUUUUGGUUUUAAUCAAGUUCAAACUAUAGGGUCUAAUCAUCGAGGAAUAGAUGAGAAGCUGAGAAUAACCAUGGCCCUCAAGUCAGGGCUCGAAAGCGAAAUAGAUUGGGCUUUGAGUACCUUGGCAAGAAAUUCUAUAAACCCCUAUCUCCAUUUUGAAAACGAGACGUUUAUAGCAUUGGAGUUAAUCAAGUAUUUUUACUUGCCGUUUCAAUUGAUCCAUGAAAAGAGAUUCAAGUCGGUAUCGCAGCGAAUAAUCACCCAUAGUUUAGAUGCCCUUUUAAUUCUAAGAAACUCGGCGCAAGAAUUGGGCAACCAGCAAUGGUUAUCUCAAAUUGUAAAUUUCAAAAAACAACUUAUCGAGAUUCUCAAAAUAUUGUCCAGUUGGUUCUUCAAGCCGGGAGCACAAGCACACGAGCUUGUUCAUUUCGAAAAUCAGUUUGCAGAAGCGUUGAACUAUGUCAUUGACUUGCUAGAGCCACUAACAUGCUACUACAUAAAUAAUAGUAAAAACGACAUCUUGUUCAACACUUUGUUGCAAAUCUUGAUGGCCACUAACGAUAAGAACUUGUUUAUUGAUGUAUUGAAGUGCAUUUCGCAUUUGCUCAUUACCUGGGAUAAGAAUGCCAAGAUCGUUGAAGAUGACGAAAAUGACAAUGACAAUGACAAUGACAAUGACAAUGACAAUGAUAAUAAUGGCGUUCAUAAUGAUGACGACGACGAUGAAGAUGGAACAAAUAUUGGACAAGAAGAAGAAGAGACAAAGAUCACAAACAACUGCAUUGACGCGCUAACUAGCGGGCAUUUAGAGCACAUUGUAGAAAAACUAAUGGUUGCUGAUAAUGAAUUAAACUAUGCAAUAUUGAAAUUUUUGAAAAUGUACCUUUUUUCAGAAGCAUUACAUGAAGACUACCCAUCAUCAGUGAAGGAGUCGCAAAGGUUUAGAUUGAGAAAAUUAUUACAACUUUCGUCCACGAGGGCAAACUAUGAAACACUAGUUAAGCAGCUUCCUCUAUUAUUGGUGUCGAAUUUACCCUUGAAAGAACCAAACGAGUUGCAACAGGUACCGGUAUUCAAUUUAUCGAAAAGAACGCAAUAUGUUAGUGCUCCAACGUCUGCCCCGGAGUUGACAAGUGACCUUUAUAAAAUCAUAUUACUUUUCCCGGAGCCAGCUAGGGCCACUACAUGGUUGCAUUGUUGUUAUGAACCGACAAUGUCUGAACAAGUUGAAGUAACUCAAAUAUCGAUAUGGAAAGCAUAUGAAACUCAAUUCCAAGAAGUGUGGAAACAGGAUCCAAAUGCACCCCACCGUAACCGUCCGCUACGCCAGUUAUUACCCGCGGUGGAGUUUAUCAAGAAUGUAACAAAGGCAUUCCCCUAUGCCGAAGCCAAAGUUCUCAACAUCCCACAACCUGGCGGCGAGCCCCCAAAAAGGAAGUUUAUCAUCAAGGGGAUUCAGCCACGUCAAUUCCCUGCAAGUAUCGAAACGGGCAACUAUGAAGCAUUACGUCCAUUAUCCGAGAAUGUUAUUCAACAACAGAGCAACAGUACAUUAUCAAUAGGCCAUAUCGAUUGUACCAAAUUUGAAAAAUACGUUGCUAAAGAGCCAUCAAGUAUCUUGGCAGCUGAAACUAAUAACCAGCUUUCCAAAAUGCAUAUGGAUGCAAUAAACCAAAUAAGCUACGAAUUAUUGGAUUACAUUGUUCGUGAAAUUUUAGACCUGGACAGAAGUAGUAGUAGUAGUAAUCUUCACGACAAAGACGCUACUGCAAAGAAUCUCUUUAAAUUCCACAACGCUCAUUGGAUACUAGAUUUGGUCUAUUACAAUCCUUCAUUACUCGACUCUGGGAUCAUAAAUAACCACUGGUUAAAGUUAACGGUGCUAGGACUUGUUGGAUUCUGUGUUAUUGGUACAGGCAGUAUGAUUUUCAAUGUAUGGGCUAAUUCCGAUUAUGCUCCUUGGAACAAGGAAAAACUCAAGUUCGAAGAGGAACAAUACCACGAUGCUAGAGGUACAGACAAAUCGUCAUGA